AUGGACAAUCCUAAGGACCAGUGGUGCUACCCAACCUCUAACCUGUCCUGCCCCAGAUUAGUGUUCAGUUCUGGGGCUGAGGUAACUCUCUACCUGGUGUUCCUGGUGGGCAUCCUGAUCACCAUCCUGGGCAACUCUGUGGUCAUCGUCUCCAUCACCCACUUCAAGCAGCUCCACAGUCCAACCAACAUGAUGGUGAUGUCUCUAGCCCUGGCUGACCUGUUACUAGGUUUAACUGUGAUGCCCUUCAGCAUGGUCCGUGCAGUCGAAGGAUGCUGGUACUAUGGUAACCGUUUCUGUCUCCUCCACUACAGCUUUUAUGUGUUUUUUACCUCUGUCUCCAUCUACCACAUGGUCUCCAUCGCCAUCGACCGCCAUGAGGCGGUCUGCAACCCUAUGCUCUACUCAGCCCGCAUCACCAUGCCUGUGGCCUGGCUCAUGAUCUCAGCCAGCUGGGUAAUAGCAGCUCUGUACACCUAUGGACUCCUCUACUCUAAGGCUUACAUGACAGGAUUAGAGGACUACCUGGAUUCUGUAAAAUGUCAUGGUGAAUGUAUGAUAGUUUUCAACUCUUUGUGGGGGGCUUUAGACACAAUCAUGAAUUUCUUCUUUCCAGUCUCUAUCAUGGUGGGUUUGUAUACUGAGAUCUUCCAGGUAGCUAAAAUGCAUGCCAGGAGGAUAGAUGACUCUGGUCACGGAAUAGGGGGGGCACCUAAGGAGGGAAGGGGCACAGUGUCAAAGCGCUCAGAGCGAAAAGCAGCCAAGACACUAGGUAUAGUGGUGGGUGUGUUUAUAUUUUGCUGGAUGCCUUUCUUUGUCUAUUCCAUCAUAGAUCCUUACAUUAACUUUGGUACACCUACUGCAGUGGUUGAGGUAUUUGUUUGGUUGGGCUACUUUAAUUCCACACUAAACCCUAUCAUCUAUGCUCUGUUCUACCCCUGGUUCAGGAAAUGUUUUCAUCUUAUUGUAACUCUGAAAAUAUUCAACAGACACUCAUCUGAUAUAAAUGUGUUUAUUACAUGA